AUGUCUGUUCGGGAGUCCUUUAACCCAGAAAGUUACGAACUUGACAAGAGCUUCCGUCUGACCCGAUUCACCGAACUGAAAGGCACAGGCUGCAAAGUGCCUCAGGAUGUCUUACAGAAACUGCUCGAAUCUCUACAGGAAAACCAUUUUCAGGAAGAUGAACAGUUCCUGGGGGCAGUUAUGCCCAGGCUGGGAAUUGGGAUGGACACUUGUGUUAUUCCAUUAAGACAUGGAGGUUUGUCAUUGGUCCAGACAACAGAUUAUAUUUAUCCUAUUGUGGAUGAUCCUUAUAUGAUGGGACGAAUAGCAUGUGCCAAUGUCCUAAGUGACCUUUAUGCCAUGGGGGUCACAGAAUGCGACAACAUGUUGAUGCUCCUCGGAAUCAGCAAUAAAAUGACAGAUAGGGAAAGAGACAAAGUGAUGCCCCUAAUUAUCCAGGGUUUCAAAGAUGCAGCAGAAGAGGCAGGAACGUCUGUUACUGGUGGCCAAACAGUGUUAAAUCCCUGGAUUGUUUUAGGAGGAGUGGCCACGACAGUCUGUCAGCCUAAUGAAUUUAUAAUGCCAGACAAUGCAGUGCCAGGAGAUGUGCUUGUAUUAACUAAACCCUUGGGAACACAAGUGGCGGUAGCUGUCCACCAGUGGCUAGAUAUUCCAGAAAAGUGGAAUAAAAUCAAACUAGUGGUAACACAAGAAGAUGUAGAACUUGCAUACCAGGAAGCAAUGAUGAAUAUGGCGCGGCUGAACAGAACAGCUGCUGGACUCAUGCACACUUUCAAUGCACAUGCAGCUACAGACAUCACGGGAUUUGGAAUCCUGGGGCAUGCACAAAACCUCGCCAAGCAGCAGCGAAAUGAGGUGUCCUUUGUUAUUCAUAAUCUUCCUGUUCUUGCCAAGAUGGCUGCUGUCAGUAAGGCUUGUGGCAAUAUGUUUGGCCUCAUGCAUGGGACUUGUCCAGAGACUUCAGGAGGCCUCCUAAUCUGUUUACCACGAGAACAAGCAGCACGUUUCUGUGCCGAGAUCAAGUCUCCAAAGUACGGUGAAGGACACCAAGCAUGGAUUAUUGGCAUCGUAGAGAAGGGCAACCGCACGGCCAGAAUCAUAGACAAACCACGAAUCAUUGAAGUUGCACCACAGGUGGCCACCCAGAACGUGAACCCAACACCUGGUGCCACCUCUUAA